AGUUUUCUGAUAACAUGCCCUGGCAGGGAACUUGGCUUCUCCCAUUGGGUUUUUGAUACAAGCAGAUGCAAGAGGUUGCUGGAGAGCGUGGAGGCUACCUUCAUGGGCGAGGCGCCUUGGACAGUGAUGAUUUGCUAUAUCUCAAGGAGCAGAUGGAAGCUGAGGAGGAUGCUGAACGCCUCCUGCGCCGCACUGAGAAACGAGCAUUUGCUGCUUUCAAGAAAGCUGCAAGUUUAGCAGAUUCCUCACCUGCAUUGUCUCCCUUGCCUCUUCGUGUUGAACCCAAGCCAAAGAGCGGGAUCAGGUCUAAUCCAUGUUUACCUUGGUUCUGUAGACAGCAAGAUUUGUUGAAAAAGGUUGUCGAGGUUAAACCCAAACGGCCAAAAUUUUCAAGCCCAUCUGACAGAAGUCAAUCAAAUUUACAUCCAAGUGGUUCUGUCUUGGCCAAUUCCAGGGAGUCCAACCAAGAGAACAAGAACAAACAUACAAUUUUGGAAUCAAAUAAAGCAGAAAAGCAGAAUAAGGUUGAAAACCCUGCCAAAUCCUUAUUAGGCUUGGCAUAUGCAAGUUCUGAUGAUGAAGACUAAGUGUAUUUGCAUUGGAGUAGUGAUACGUCUGUUGGUUGUAAUCUACAUGAAGACUGUUGUAUGUUUUUGAUUUUUCCCCGUUUACUAUAGACAUUCACAUUUUGUGACAUGGAGUAAAAUCCAAGUGGAUUAUUUGUUUGUCUGAGCCAAAGAAGAAACUAAGUAAACAAUUAGUUUAUUUCGUUCUAUAAUCGAUUUUCUCUGAUGUUUAUCUUUA